GACGACGUUGACGAUGACAAUGAUGGUGACGAUGCAUUUAUUAUAAGGAGGCAUUUUGAUAGGAAAAAAUUAAUUAUAUGCACAGUUGGAGCUAUAAACAUGUAUUAUAUUAAUUAUAUGUAUAAAGAACCAUGUAUGGUUUCCUAUAACACAGGGAUCCGUUGGUUGUCGGAGGUUUUAAGAGGUCAUUGGAAACGAAGUGUUAACAUGUUCAAGAUGGACGCAACCACUUUGUUGAGUUUGUGCACCGAAUUAGAAAUGCAACAUGGCUUAAAACCGUCAAGAAGAAUGAGCGUUAUUGAAAAGGUGGCAAUGUUUCUAUUUACAAUAGCAGUUGGGGCGUUAAAUAGACAAGUGUAGGAAAGAUUCCAGCAUUCAGGUGAAACUAUUAGUAGAUGUUUUAAAGAAGUGCUUAAAUCAUUACGUUUGUUUGCUGUGGAAGUCAUAAAACCAGUAGAUCCACAAUUUACGAGCACACCAAGAGAAAUUGCUAUGAAUCCAAGAUUUAUGCCACAUUUCAAGAAUUGUGUCGGUGCAAUUGAUGGAACACAUGUUCGUGCCUGCAUACCAUCUGCAUAUCAAAUUCCAUUAAUUGGAAGAAAAGGUGUACCAACACAAAAUGUCAUGGCCGCUUGUAGUUUCGACAUGCAAUUCAUGUUCGUGUGGGCAGGAUGGGAAGGCAGUGCACACGAUACGCGUAUUUUUCUUGAGGCUAUUGACAAUAGCAAUAUCAAAUUUCCAAAACCUCCGGAAGGAAAAUACUAUUUGGUUGAUGCUGGAUAUCCAAACGAGUAUGGGUAUUUGGGUCCCUACAAAGGCGAGAGGUAUCACUUCCAAGAAUUUAGGCGUCGUGGACAACCAAGUGGUCGGAAAGAAGUGUUUAAUCGUGCACACUCGUCACUACGUAACGUGAUCGAACGUUCUUUUGGGGUAUGGAAAUAGAGGUGGAAAAUUUUGCAAAACAUGCCUGCUUAUCC